AUGGCGUCGGCAUUGUCAAGCCUCGUGUCGCAUACGAACCUUCGCUCGCUCCUCAUCUUCGCGCUCUUCGCAUGCUUCGCCUUCCUCUCCGUGGAGAUUGGUUACAAUUUCCGUUACACCGCCACCGACGCGCACGUUGCAGCGCACUCCGCGGCGUCCCUGUUGCUCCCGCGGUACCACCAGCAGGCGGCGCAACCGCGGCCAGGGGAGAGCGCGGAGGAGGUGCUGGGGAAGCUGCGCGCGGAGAUCGAGAAGCAGCAGCUGCGCACGGCUAAGCGCCAGCUCUUUCGCGACGAGGUGCGCACGCUUAUGGACGAAAUCGCGCGGCUUAAAGCGAAUCACUCGGGCCCAAUCAAAGCCGAGGAUCUCAAAACCUUCUCUGACGUCAGCAACAACACCGGGGGAGGAGGGGGAGGAGGGGAAAUCAGUGGUUCUGAUUCCGAUGCUGCUGCUGCGGCAGAGCUGGCGAAAUGCGAGGCAUCUUUGCAAGAGUGCAGAGAGAGUCUAGGGCAGGCUGGCGGAGCAGCGGGGACGGGAGGGGAGGCCGGGACUAACGGUGCUGCUGCUGCAACCACUGGUGAUGCGGCAACGACCGGUGCAGUGACCGGGUCUGGUGGUGCUGAGCCUGCUGCGGUUGUGGCGAUGAGUGAGAGUGAGAUGCUGGCAGCGCUGCAGACACAGUGCGAGCAGCAGCAGAUUCUGAACGAGAGGCUGCAGCAGGAGAGAGAGAGGCUGGCAGCUGCAGCUGCCCGGAAAGCAAUCGAAGAGUGCGGCCGGGCAGCUGAACCAGCGCGGGAGAGCGCCAUUGGCGGCGGGUACAGCAGCGGGCAGCUUUCGGCUGCCCGGAUUCGUGCCACGUCGUGCAGUGCGACAGACGAGGAGCUGCUGAAAUACCUGAACUACUCUCCAAAGAAACCCUGUCCAGAUGACUGGUACUUUGUCCAGCACCUCAUCUUCGUCCGCAACUGCUUCUGCCUGCCGCGCCGCCGCUGCUUCGCCGCAGCACCCCCCGAUUACCAAGAGCCAAGCAUCCCGUUCCCCCAGUCUGUGUUCAAUCCGCGGGCCCUGCUGGAUGCGAACGUGCGGUGGGACCUGCACCGCUGCAAGUCAUACGGAUGCAUUAACUCGCGGCUGCUUGGGGAUUGCCGCGACUGCUUUAACCUCACACUGGAGGCGAAGCGGUGGAAGAAUAACUAUCGCGGGGCGGUGACUCUAGCAGAGGUGAUGAAGCUGAAGCCGCCAGGGUCGAUCAGGAUUGGCUUGGAUGCCGGUGGGGGUACAGGCAGCUUUGCAGCGGCGCUUGCGCUGUACAAUGUGACAAUAUUGACCACGGCUAUGAACACGGAGACGGUGCAAGAAGUGGAAAUGGGGUUGCCUUAUAUGGAGACGAUUGCGCAGAGGGGUCUGGUGCCGCUGCACGUGCCGCACAAGGCCCGCCAGCCAUUCUUUGACAACACGCUGGAUUUGAUUCACACGGUGAACAGUAUCAAGUAUUUCUCCAUCCCAGAAUUUGAGGAGCUUCUGUUCGAGUGGGACCGGAUUCUAAGGCCUGGAGGGAUCUGGUGGUUUGAGCUGUUCUAUGCGCCGGUGUGGGAGAUGCCGCUGUACAUUGGGGUGAUUGAGCAGUUUGGGUAUGGUAAAAAGUAUUGGAACCUGACGCCGAAAACGGAUACAGCUGAGAGGGAGGGUGAGCAUGUGUACCUAAAUUGCGUGUUGGAGAAGCCUAGCCGGAGAUAA